AUGGACCCUUGGAUUUUCGAAUCAAAAUUUUGCACCAGUUUCCUUCGUGGUGCGAAUAAUUUCUCAUUAGUGAUGCCUCAUCAAAAAUUUGAUAUAUAUGUUUUACAGCAACAACAUUUUCAUAGCGUCUCAUUCAGUAUGACUAUAAUCUUUAUGUCAUGUGGUGGUUCAAUAAAGGGCCCAAAUGGAGGAGUGAUUAUGAGUCCUGGUUACUCAAAUAUCAAUGGCACGUAUGAACCAAAUAUACAUUGUAUAUGGAGUCUGAAAGCACCUCAUGGCAAAGUAAUAAAGCUAAAGAUAAUGGAAGUUGAUUUAGAAUAUAAUGUGGAAUGUAAACAUGAUUAUUUAAAAAUUCUUGAAGGUGGCGGCACAGAUGCAUCAUUAAUCCAUAUAUAUUGUAAUAAUCCAGAUGAAGAACCUCUGCAAGAUAGAUUUAGAGAGAUAAAAUCGAGAGGACGACAUUUGACUCUUCAUUUUCAUUCCGAUAAAACUGUAGAAAGAAGAGGAUUCCAACUUGAAUACAUUUUUGGAGGAUAUGAAAAUGAAUGUGGCUUUUCAACAAAUCAACUUAGCGGUACCAUAGUAAGUCCGCAGUAUCCAAAAGACUACCCCAACAAUGUUUUGUGCACAUGGGAUAUCAUUGUUCCUCUUGGUCAUCAUGUAGCGCUUUAUUUCAAUCGAAUGGAUGUACAAAUGUCCAAAAAUUGUGAGAAAGAUUAUCUGAAGAUAAGUCAAGAGCAUCAAUCAAGAGCAAUGGCACCCCUUGGAGGGUACUACUUUUUAUUUAAUCACGAAGAAGAUUUUAAAAAAUUGUGUGGAUAUGAAACUCCUGAAAAUUUGCAUUCAGAGAGCAGUCGCAUAAAAAUAAAGUUCAGGUCGGACUCGAAAAUUGCAGGCCAGGGCUUCAAUAUAACUUGGAAAGCCGAAUGUGGCACUGUAUUUCGACUGAAUCAUGGAGUCAUUACGUCACCGCAUUAUCCAGUUUAUUAUCCUAAUGAAGAUCGAGAAUGUAAUUAUUUAAUCGAACCAGAUAGUCAGGGAACACCUAUAAUUAUUUUGAAAAUUGUCGAUCUUGAUCUGGAUCCUCUAAUUUUUGACCGGUCGAGGUUAAUUUGUCAAUCUGACUUUCUUGAACUGCGUGAUAUUGCCGAGAGAAGUAUUAUAGAUACGUACUGCACCGGACGAUACGACUUAGGCGAAAUACCCGCAAUAACAAUAAAAGGUCCUAUUGGUGUAAGAUUUCUCACAAACUAUUCCACAUACGCAAAUCGAGUUCGGAAGCACUACAGAGGAUUCAAAAUCACUUAUGCGCUUUCCAUUUUAUUAGCUUCUAUUGCUUUUAUUCAAGGAUGUGGUGGCGAAAUUAAUUUGAAAGAUAUUACAAAUGGAUUAUCAACCGUAAUAACAUCACCAGCAUUUCCAUUACCAUAUCAUCAUAGUCUUGAAUGCAUUUGGAAUAUAUCUGCUCCAGAAGAUCGAAUCAUUAGCAUCAAGUAUGCCCAAGUGGAUAUAGAAGUGUCAACAGAUUGCUUAUUUGAUUAUGUUGAAAUUUUUGACGGGAAGGAAAUGAAAAAUACUUCAAGUUUUGGUCGAAUAUGCGGCAACAUAAAUCCACUCAAUCAAAUCUUGUCAUCAGGAAGAUAUCUAAUCGUGAAAUUCGCUUCGGAUCGAAGUGUAAAUAAAGGCGGUUUCAAGCUUAUAGCUACUGCCACACUUGGUCCAACAGCUGGAUGUGGGGGCGAAUUAACAGCAUCAGAGGGUUGGAAGGAAAUGCAUUCUCCAACAGAUAAUGCAACUGGAUUAUAUUACCAUAAUUUACGAUGUGGUUGGACAAUCAAGGCACACAUAGGAAAAGUUAUCGAAUUAUAUAUAGUCUCAUUUCAAUUAGAAUUGCCAGAUUCUGAAUAUACAAAGUGCUUUGAUUUUCUUUCGAUUUAUGACGGUUACAAAACAAUUUCUCCACUGCUUUUCGGUAAUAGCUGUAAUAUCAUUGGAAAUCUUCCACUGAUGUUGAGAAGCGCAUAUCGAGUAAUUUAUGUAUAUUUCGAAACAGAUUCCGAUAAUGCAAUGAAAGGAUUUGCAAUAAGAUAUAGGGCAACAGAAGGAAAAUGUGGUGGUAAAAAGGUUGCCGAUGAAGAUUUUAAAGAAAUUGAGUACGAAAGUGAAAAAACGUUGACAAGAAAUAACCCCAAACAUCAGAGGUGCCGUUGGAUUAUUUAUUCAAAUGAAGGAAAACCGCUGCAAAUUGAAUUUAGUAAAUUUUUGUUCCCAUCAAGUUCAUCUGAUUGCACCGACGAGUUUCUCGAGAUCCGUGAUGCAGGCAUGCGCGCCGACUGCCAGCAUCCAGCGUGUGCCGAUUCUGCUGGGAGCAUUAAAAUUAUCAGACUCUGUGGUAGCUCGUUGCCACCUCCUUUCAUAUCGAGUACAAGUGUUGUGCAGAUAUCUACUUCAGCGAUCCUUCAAAGUGAACAUACAUCGAAAUUUGAAAUAAGAUACAAAUUAUUAGAUUCUUGUAAUAGGACUAUCGAUUUGAAUGAACGAAUGACUGGUCGAAUAAUGAGUCCAAACUACCCCAGUUCGUAUGAUCACAAUUCUUCAUGCACAACAGUUUUAACUAUUAGAAAUGGAUACCAAAUACUUCUUGUUUUCCGAGAGUUUCAACUAGAAAAAGCAAGAUCGUACAGAGUCAGAAAUUUAUCUGCCUUUCAACAUCUAAAUUCGAGAGUAAGAAAUUCUGGGUCAUUCCGUAACGUGUUAACUCAGCGUGGAAAAUUGCAUGGUGUAGAAUCCUGUGAUUAUGAUUAUAUUGAGAUCAUUGAUUCAUACGACAAUAGCUCUGGCAAGUACUGUGAUUCCAAGCUACCACCGACUUUCUUUAGUUCAAAGAAUACAUUAAGCAUCUAUUUCAAAACAGAUGGCACAGUAGCAACUGUUGGCUAUGAUGCAUAUUAUUAUGGCGUUAAAUGCACCAAUCAAUAUUCAUUGAAGUUCUUUGAUUUUGGAUCUAUCAGUGAAUUACAAGGUGCAAUUACGAAUAUAGGAUAUCCUGGAUAUGAAAAAAAUCAGAAAAUGAGAUGGCGAAUAGAUCCUCCAAAUGGGCAUAAAUGUAAACUGAUCUUACUAAAGAUGGACUUUGGUGAAAACGAAGAAGGCGAAUGUGCGAAUGGAGAUCAUAUGGUUAUGGGAGAAAUAAAUUCAGCACAAGCACAACUAGAGGACAUUCCUCUGAAUUACCUUCCAUGUAGGAAUGCUGUAUGGUUUUACCUCUUAUUUAUUUAUUCUGAAGAACAAGCAAGACAAAAGCUAUGCGCUUGUGUAAUGGAAUAA